AUGGCACUUCCGAUGGGAAUACUUCCUGGAAAUACAAUGUCACAAGUAGUUCCAUCACCAGAAGAUGUAUUCAAUAUGAUAAUGGCGCAACAACAGAAAUUGUUCCUCCAUCACUUCAUGAGCCAGCAAAGUCAACAAUUGGAGCAAGUCAACGCUCCAUCAGAGGAUCUUCAAGCAUGGCUUAACUCUCUGAACUUGAGUCCUUCUCCAUCUCCAGCACUUCCGAUUACCGCUGCAACAAACACCAUUCAAGUUCCUCUGACUACUGAAAAUAUGUUUCGACAUCAGCUUCAAUCACAGCUUUUAACGCCACUUGGAACACCAUGGUACCUCGAUCCAACUCAUCGUACAAAUCACGGACCACGUAAACGUCAAAAGAAAGAUUUCAUUUGCAAGUACUGUAAUCGGAAAUUCACAAAAUCGUACAAUCUUCUGAUCCACGAAAGAACUCAUACCGACGAACGUCCGUAUCAAUGUGAUACUUGUCAGAAAGCAUUCCGUCGCCAAGAUCAUUUACGUGAUCACAAGUACAUUCACGCAAAAGAGAAACCACAUAAAUGUGAAAUCUGUGGAAGAGGAUUCUGUCAACUCAGAACAUUGAAUGUUCACCGUACCAGUCAUCAUAAAGAAGAGAAACAAGAGAAUAAGGAAACUGUUAUGAUCGCUGGAAUCCCCUUCGAGAAGUUGAUGCCAGAAUUUCAUUCAAUGAUUGAUGUAAUCUCUGUUUAA